AUGAAUGGACUCCCCAUUUCCAACGUCAUAGAAGGCUGCUGCAUCAACGACCCUUGCUACUGUCGUUCCGAUGUCGUUUUCUACAACGGGAAAGCUUAUGAUCAAAAACCGUAUCUAGCAGCUCGGCUGAGAACCCGGCCUGGAAAUGUCAUGUACAUGGAAGGAAAGCUUGUCCCGCCAUUUGUUCCUGGCAAAUCACCGCAAAUCUACGGACCUUACAGGAACAAUGAUAGAUAUCCAAGGACAAUGGGUUAUAAUGAAAGCCAGUUCGGAAAACCCAUGGAUCGAUGUUGUACUACUUCCAUCUACAACGAUACAGUCCCGCCCUAUCACAACACGCGAAACUUUGCCUACUCGAGAUUGGGUCUGCCCUUUGGAGAGACUCUGGGAUAUUUCAGGUUCAAACCUGAUAAAAUAUGCGACUGCAGAACUACACCGGUUCAAAAACUAGGCGACUGCUGCACGUGUGAGCCCGGAGAAUACAACCCUGCCCAGUAUAGACGAGAUGAGUGUCCAGGACAACCUUGCUGUUGUUGA